UUUUCUCUGAUGAGUCGGGAUAAUUUGGGAAAAGCCGCCCAGAGGAGGGGCUGCCCGGCCGCUUCUCGCCUCCCUCCCCCGCCCCCGUCGAGCCUCCCUGUCAUUCUUCCCUUAAGGGUGGCCUGGGUUCCAGGGCGGUCUCACGCCCCUCUUGGGUUUUCCCCCUCCUUGAUUCUGUGCUCUGCUCCUCCCCACUACGUCCGAUUCCGGCACGGCCUGGCUCUUCCGAGGCCACGGGAGAACCGCGCGGGUGGGCCGGGGUGGCCCAGCCAGCGUGAGCGCGCUGCUGGCCGGCAGACGCGCGGGCCCUGUCGGAGCGCCAGGAACUAGAAGUCAGCUGAGAGCGGCGGCGAACCGUGGAUGGCCUUGACUGACGGCGGCUGGUGCCUGCCAAAGCGCUUCGGGGCCGUGGCUGCGGACGCCGGCGACUCCGAGGCCUUUCCAGGGCGGGAGCCCUCCACCCCGCCUUCUCCCAUCUCCUCAUCUUCCUCCUGCUGCUCCCGGGGCGGGGAGCGCGGCGCCAGCGGCGCCAGCAACUGCCGGACACCGCAGCUCGACACGGAGGCGGCGGCGGGACCCCCGACCCGCUCGCUGUUGCUCAGCCCCUACGCCUCGCAUCCCUUCGGGGCUCCUCACGGACCUGCGGCGCCUGGGGUCGCCGGCCCCGGGAGUGCCCUGUCUAGCUGGGAGGACCUGUUGCUGUUUACUGACCUCGACCAGGCCGCCACUGCCAGCAAGCUGCUGUGGUCCAGCCGCGGCGCCAAGCUGAGCCCCUUUGCUCCCGAGCAGCCCGAGGAGAUGUACCAGACGCUCGCCGCGCUCUCCAGCCAGGGGCCUGCCGCUUACGACGGCGCGCCCGGAGGCUUCGUGCACUCUGCAGCUGCAGCGGCGGCGGCAGCCGCAGCAGCCAGCUCUCCAGUCUACGUGCCCACGACACGCGUGGGCUCCAUGCUGCCGGCCCUGCCGUAUCUGCAGGGGGCCGCCAGCGGGCCAGCCAACCACGCGGGAGGCGCGGGCGCGCACCCAGGCUGGCCCCAGGCCUCUGCCGACAGCCCCCCGUACGGCAGCGGAGGCGGUGCGGCCGGCAAUGGGGCCGCCGGACCUGGCGGCGCGGGCUCGGCCGCAGCGCACGCCUCGGCGCGCUUCCCCUACUCUCCCAGCCCGCCGAUGGCCAACGGCGCGGCGCGGGAACCGGGAGGCUACGCGACGCCCGGCAGCGGCGGCGCUGGCGGCGUAGGCGGUGGCGGCGGCAGCCUCGCAGCCAUGGGUGGCCGCGAACACCAGUACAGCUCGUUGUCGGCGGCGCGGCCGCUGAACGGGACGUACCACCACCAUCACCACCACCAUCCGAACCCUUACUCGCCUUACAUGGGCGCGCCGCUGACGCCCGCUUGGCCUGCAGGGCCCUUCGAGACCCCGGUGCUGCACAGCUUACAGAGCCGCGCUGGAGCUCCUCUCCCAGUACCCCGCGGCCCCAGCGCAGACCUGCUGGAGGACCUGCCCGAGAGCCGCGAGUGCGUGAACUGCGGCUCCAUCCAGACGCCGCUGUGGCGGCGGGACGGCACCGGCCACUACCUGUGCAACGCCUGCGGCCUCUACAGCAAGAUGAACGGCCUGAGCCGGCCCCUCAUCAAGCCGCAGAAGCGCGUGCCUUCGUCGCGGCGGCUCGGAUUGUCCUGUGCCAACUGUCACACCACCACCACCACCUUAUGGCGCCGAAAUGCUGAAGGUGAACCCGUGUGCAAUGCUUGUGGACUCUACAUGAAACUCCAUGGGGUGCCUCGACCUCUUGCUAUGAAAAAAGAGGGAAUUCAAACCAGGAAACGAAAACCUAAGAACAUAACUAAAUCAAAGUCUUGCUCUGGUAAUAGCAAUAAUUCCGUUCCUAUGACUCCAACGUCCACCUCCUCCAACUCAGAUGACUGCAGCAAAAACACUUCCCCGACCACGCAACCCACAGCCUCAGGGGCGGGUGCUCCUGUGAUGUCCGGCGCUGGAGAGAGCACCAACCCUGAGAAUAGCGAGCUCAAGUAUUCGGGUCAGGAUGGGCUCUACAUCGGUGUCAGCCUGGCCUCGCCUGCGGAGGUCACUUCUUCUGUGCGACAGGAUUCCUGGUGUGCACUGGCCCUGGCCUGAACCGCGCUGCUCGCGCCUGAUCGGACCUUGGCAUCUCUGCUGGCAGACAUUCCCCACGCUGUGUGAUUUCAGUGCCUUUAUUUUGAAAGACAUGUAUUCCAGGAGAGACCGGACGGCCGAAUGGCAGAAAAGACAGGACUGUUCUCACCAGUGGUGGUACAGACAGACCACCUCUGUCCAGCCAGGACUGCCUCCAGCCAGCCUGGCCCUCCGAGCCACAGCCCUUGCAUAGCUUCCAGAAACCCGGAUUGAGGACCGAGGACCUUGCCUGCCAAGGGCAGGAUUUAAAAAACAGACUGUCAGUGUAUUGCCCCAGUCAUGUGCUUCUUCUUCACCGUCUUCUUCUUUUUUAAUUGGAAAGUCAGACAUACAGAGAGGAGGAGAGAAAGGGAGGAAGAUCUUCUGUCCAAUGGUUCACUCCCCAAGUGGCCGCAAUGGCUGGAGCUGAGCCAAUCCAAAGCCAGGAGCCAAGAGCUUUCUCCAGGUCUCCCACACGGCUGCAGGGUCCCAAAGCAUUGGGCCAUCCUUGACUGCAUUCCCAGGCCACAAGCAGGUAGCUGGAUGGGAAGUGGAGCUGCCGGGAUUAGAACUGGUGCCCAUAUGGAAUCUGGCAUGUUCAAGGCGAGGACUUUAAACGCUAUGCUAUUGUGCCAGGCCCAUGUGCUUCUUCUGAUCAGUUUUGGUUGUUCCAGAAUUUUCUUCAUUACCUUUUCACAUGCAGAUUUCGUAUGAGUUCAUGGAAAACAUCACGUGAGGCCAUUUGGUACACAUCUCUGGAGGUUGAGUGGGCUCCUGCGGUUCCAGUCAACACUAUUGCUCAUUUUGCAAGACUGCAUUCUGACUGUAACGUACACUGUGACCGACGUUUCUCAAACUUCACGUUGUGACUGAUCUGACAUCAGUCAGCAUUUGUAAACAGGGUAGCAAACAAAAUAUUUUUUUCUUCCAUGUAUACAAUAAUUUUUUUUAAAAAAAAGUGCAAUUUGCGUUGCAGCAAUCAGUGUUAAAUCACUUGCAUAAGAUUUAACAGCAUUUUUUUAUAAUGAAUGUAAACAUUUUAACUUAAUGGUACUUAAAGUAAUUUAAAAGAAAAAAAUGUUAACUUAGACAUUCUUAUCCUUCUUCGACAACUAUAUCCCAUUUCUAUAUUCCCAAUUGUUCAAAGAAAA